AUGGAUUUGGCCUCCACCUCCUCAACGCACCACAGAGCAAAGCAGAGCCUACAGCGUUCACCACCAACAACUGCAACUGCCACUGCAACAGAGAAAUUUGCAAAUCAGAAGACUUUUGAGUUAAGGAAGCCACACACAAGAGAAGAAACGCGAAUGAAGAGUGAAAUAGAGUUGCCUCCUGGAUUCAGAUUUCACCCCACGGAUGAUGAAUUGGUGAACCACUAUCUCUGUAGGAAAUGCGCUGGUCAACCGAUUGCUGUUCCUAUCAUCAAAGAGAUCGAUUUGUACAAGUUUGAUCCAUGGCAACUUCCGGAAAUGGGAUUUUACGGCGAGAAAGAAUGGUACUUCUUUUCUCCUCGGGACCGGAAAUACCCCAACGGUUCACGGCCGAAUCGCGCCGCCGGAAGUGGGUAUUGGAAAGCCACCGGCGCCGAUAAACCGAUCGGAAAACCGAAAGCACUUGGGAUCAAGAAAGCUCUGGUUUUUUACGCGGGGAAAGCCCCCAAAGGAGAGAAAACCAAUUGGAUCAUGCACGAAUAUCGCCUCGCAAAUGUUGAUCGAUCAGCCUCCAAGAAAAAUAACAACUUGAGGCUUGACGAUUGGGUGUUGUGUCGAAUAUACAACAAGAAAGGGAAGAUUGAGAAAUACAACACGGGCACACAGAAAGUGGAGACUGGGGUGGUUAAUAAUUUGGAGCAUGAGAACGAGACGAAGCCGGAGAUUCAGAAGUUUGGGAAUGAGCAAUUGUACAUGGACAGUUCAGAUUCAAUGCCUAGGUUGCAGACUGACUCCAGCUGUUCAGAGCAGGUGGUUUCCCCCGAUGUGAUGUGCGAGAGGGAGGUGCAGAGUGACCCCAAAUGGAAUGAUAUUGGGCUACAGCUACAAAACGCCUUUGAUUUUGGAUACAAUUACUUUGACAACAACAACCUUUCGGUGGAUGACCCUUUUGGGAGUGUAGAGUUCCAAAUUGGCCAGCUCUCGCCUCUGCAGGACAUGCUGAUGUACCUGCAGAAGCCCUAUUGA